CUCUCUUCUCCUCCUCUUCUUCUCCUCCCACCAAAAAGCAGGCCAUAGCAGAGAGAUUUUAGAGAGAGAAAAUAGAAACCCUUGAUUUUUCAAUGUCCAAACCCCUCAUUUCCUCCUCCCCCUACUCCGAUUAACCCUCUCUCAGCUCGACGGCAAUCUCACCGUUUGUUUUGUAGGAUCUCCCGUUAAGCUGAGAGAGUUGAGCGGUUCGAGAAACACAAAGUUCAUAGGAUUAACGAAAAGAAAAAUAGAGAUGUAUGUGGUUCCUCCACCGCAGCGAUCGGAUCCGCUUUCUGGAUCCUCUAGCGGUUCUACUGAUUUACGAGUCUACCAAGCUUGGAAAGGAAGCAAUAUUUUCUUCCUCCAAGGAAGGUUCAUUUUUGGACCAGAUGUUAGGUCAUUGGCGCUGACAAUAUUUCUUAUUGUUGCUCCUGUUUCCAUUUUCUGUGUAUUUGUUGCCAAGAAGCUGAUGGAUGACUUUUCUGGUGAUUGGGGAAUAUCGAUAAUGGUUGUUGCUGUUGCAUUUACAGUCUUUAUUUUAGUCCUCUUGUUGCUUACCUCGGGAAGAGAUCCUGGAAUAAUUCCUCGGAAUGCACACCCACCUGAACCUGAAGCCUAUGAAGGUAGUGUUGAUACUGGAUCUGCACAAACUCCUCAAUUACGAUUGCCUCGUAUCAAGGAAGUAGAGGUCAAUGGUAUCACUGUUAAGAUCAAGUAUUGUGACACAUGCAUGCUUUAUAGACCUCCUCGCUGCUCACACUGUUCAAUCUGCAAUAACUGCGUGGAAAGAUUUGAUCAUCAUUGUCCUUGGGUCGGGCAGUGUAUUGGUCUGAGAAACUAUAGGUUCUUCUUCAUGUUCGUCUUCUCAACAACCCUUCUUUGCAUAUACGUGUUUUCAUUCUGCUGGGUAUACAUCAGGAGGAUUAUGUCAGCAGAGGAAACAUCCAUAUGGAAAGCGAUGAUCAAGACUCCUGCCUCCAUUGUGCUAAUUGUUUACACUUUCAUCUCAAUGUGGUUCGUUGGUGGCCUUACUGCCUUCCAUUUAUAUCUCAUCAGUACAAACCAGACUACCUAUGAGAAUUUUAGAUAUCGUUAUGAUCGAAGAGCCAACCCAUAUAACAAAGGAGUGUUGGACAACUUCAAGGAGAUCUUUUGCUCCAGCAUUCCUGCAUCCAAGAACAACUUCAGAGCGACCGUGCCUAAAGAGCCUGUUCUACCUCCGACUCGACUCGGAACCAGUGGUUUUAUGAGUCCAAAUGUAGGAAAAGGGGUAGAGGACAUUGAAAUGGGAAGGAAAACAGUAUGGGGAGACAUGAAUUCUGGAGCAGAUCCGUUUGAUGGACAACCUCAGAUCAGCGAGCGGUUGAACAUAAAAGAAGGUGAACUUGGCGAAGUAUCUCCAGAUAUUAGAGUUGCUGUUGAAGAAGGUAACGAACGUGGUGGAUUACAUCCUCGGCGAUCCAGUUGGGGAAGGAAAAGCGGAAGCUGGGACAUGUCGCCUGAAGUUGUUGCCUUGGCAGCAAGAGGUGGCGAAAAUCGUGUCGGAGGGAGCAGCAGCAGCGGCAACUUGACGGCUGACAACCGAGAAACACGUGAUCAUUAAUAAACUUGGAAACAGAUUUAGAUGUUAAAUGAAAAAGGAAAAAAAAAAAAAAUUGAUUGAAGAAAAACGAAUUUUAGAGUCUAAUUUUAUGGGUUUGAAGUGGGAUAUGUUGAGGUUUAAGGGUUUGUGAUUCAGCUUCCACAUUAAAGUUUAUAUGUGCAAAAUACGAAAGGGAAGUUGAGAGAGAGGGGGACUUAAUGAUUUGGCAGAUGUAAAUGUUGAUUUGGAUGUGUGUUAUACUGUACGAGUGAGUUUUUUCUUCUCCAGUUUCUUAUUUUUCUACUUCAUUUGUGGAAUCAGUUAGCCAAUUGUAAUGCAUUUGUGAAUUUAGUGUGCUUAAAUAUUAAA